AUGUCAACCGCUACUUUUACAGACAUUUUUACAUUGCUUUCGCACCUUUCUAGCAUCCAAAAUGAAAAUAGAUUGUUAGACGAGGAGUUAAUUGACUUGGCAGAUUAUUUUGUCACAAAUAAAGAUAAGCAAGCCGAGAUAUUCCCAGUUUUAAAGAGCUUUCCAAAUGAUAAUCUUAAGCUCAAGUAUUUAAGGUCUAAAAUAAUUUUGAAGCCUGACCUUCUUACUGAAGAAGAACUUUUCCGAGUAGUUAUUCCCGUUCCUGAACUUCUUCAGAUUAAAACAACAAACACGACACAAGCAGCAACGAGAAAAGUUCCCAAUAUACCAGUUUUAAAGUGGAAAAACUUUCUUUCGAAUGCCCAUAACUCAUCAACAACUCUCGAUACAAACAAUCGCAGAUUUAGCAAGCCUAACGUUGAUGAUCUCAAUAGCAUUUUAUCCGCUGAAGAUUCUGCUGUUGAUAUGUUCUUAAAAACGAUGGACGCUAUUAAUAAUAAAAGGUUAAUUCUUUUACAAAAACCGGAACAUUGGUGCAAACCUUAUAUGUUUAAGGAAAUUAAAGGUCGACCAGACGCUAUACGUUGUAGUGCAGAUGAUAAGAACCUUUUAAAAAAUCCCGAAGCUUCUCAGAUACUUUCAAUCGUAGAAGUUAAACCUGAACAGUUAAUGAAAAAUUUAAUAGGUCAUGGAACUGAAUUGUUUGAGGAAUACAAUACUGCAUUGACAAUGAAUGAUAACGAAACAAAAUAUAAAAAAAUCAUUCGAAUCGUUAGACAACAUGAAAAUCCAGACACAAUUUACAUUUCUCCUGCGAUUUAUAUCAAUCAGGGCCACACUGACCAUUAUGCCUCAUUCUCUGAAUGUGUACGUUAUUAUAAAGAUAUAUCUACAACAGAUCCGUUUACACAUUCUUCACCACCAAAUACUGAAGACAAUAGUGAUUUCCUUAGUUUGGGUGGUAACGAUAGCAAAGAUAAUAAUAACCAUGGCAAAAAGGAUGAUGACCAGCCAUCGGUUUCUAAGAAAAGAGGUAUUUUUAAAACUAUGGGGGUAAUCACUCGUAGUAUGUCAGCGAAAGGUAAAGAAAAAAAUAUCAGCGAUGAUGAGCUUCUCAAAAAUAUGAAAAAUUAUAAACGCUAUCAAAUUUCUUUUGGUGAUUUAUUGGGAGGUGGUCGGUCCGGUUCCAUUUUUAAAGUCAUGUUUUAUGAAGAAAUAGGCGUUCUUAAAAUGGUAGACUUGUAUAAAAAUGAGCAUCUAGUAACUGAAUUGUUAAAUGAAAUUAAAAUUUACCUCGGUCCUCUCAUGGAUAUUCAAGAAAUUUUCGUGCCAAACCUUCUAAAAUAUGGUAUUCUUCACGAAGCAUUCGCCUUCAUUUUUAUUUCAUUUGCUGGAAAAUCGUUUGCGGAAUUAGAAAACGAUGUCACAUUAGAAGAAAAGAAGUUGGCUAUUUCGGGUUUACAAAUGAUUCAUGAAAGAGGAGUAAGGCACGGUGAUAUUCGAUUGGAGAAUAUAAUGAUAAAUAGAAAUGAGUUGACGGGUAACACUUCAGUAUGGUGGAUUGAUUUUUGCAUGGAGCAGAAUGGAAUGCGACGAAAAAGAGUUGAACAUGGAGUUGAUCAAAUUGAAACAUUUACUUG